AGGCACCCAACUCUGCUCCUUUCCCUUCCCUGUCUCCCCUACCCACUCCUGUCCCUGACUCAACAGAGUGGAAUCCCAGGGGCCAGACCCUAGCUGGCCUUUAGCCUCAGUCAGCUCUGCUCUUUAGCCUUUCCUUGAAGAGGAGUGCAGAAACAGAAGCUUCAUUAGGGAAGGAGACCUAGGCCAGCACAGCAAAUCAUAACAUUACACAGCCAAGGGGACCAAUGACAACCCAAUGGCAGAACCACCUUGCAGCACAGAUGAGGAAACACAAGCCCAGGGAGGCACAGGGACCCACCUGCCCAUAGCCACACAGCCAGCCAACAGCAAAGACCAAAAGUCAAGUGGGAUCUCUCUCCUUUUCUAAAUGUCCAUUUCCCAUUCUAAACUGGGAUAAUAAACCCAGCCUGGGCACCACUUAGAAACUGUAAAGCAAGGUACAGAUGUAGUAAGGAGUCAUCUUUUCCAAUUGUCUGGGAGUUGGGGGUUGGGGGGAAGACUGAGGUGGGAGCAAGAACAUUUAGGACUUUUGGAGGACGCAUCCAGCUUAUUUAUUCCAGCCUUUCCCCAGAGGCCCAGGCCACUGAAUGGAGGAGGAGGGUAUUAAAUAGCAGAGAGUUAUUUAAAAGCCAGUUGCCUGCCCCUCAGAAGCAGCACGGGCCUCUUCUGACUCAAUGGAGAAAAUGAAUCUUGGGCCUAUGGAUUUUCCUGUGUUUCGCAGCAGGGGGGAGGGGAGGGGGAGUGAGAAAUGGGAAUGGCAAGGCCCACAGUGAAGUUUCCUAUCCCUGAUGGCAAGGAAGUCAAGCAAGAAGAGAGAAGCUGGGGCCUCCCCAACUACUACCUCAUGGCUGAGUUCAUCACAUCAGGCUGCCUGCUGCUCCUCCAUUUGCCUUGGAGGAGGAGGAAACAGAGGGACAGCGAGGCAGCAGGAGGGUUGCUGGGACAGAGGACAAAGGGAGCCUGGAUCUCAGGACGCUACAGCAUCCACCCCAGAAGGACCCCAGGCCACCCCUACCACUUUCUAGUCAGGCAACCAAGACCUUAAUUGGGGUGGUGCCAAGUUCAAGGUCACAUAUUGAGAAGGUGGGGGCACCAGUUUGGGCCAAUCCCAGUAUGACCUUCCCCUCCCUGACCCCCAUCCCUAAAAAGCCAAGGGGCACAAGACCACUAGGUCCCCCAAGACCAUCCCAUCCACACACACUUUUUUGCAACAGGGAAACUGAGGUGUGUCCAAGGACUUUAGUAAUAUUGACACACCUCUGAUGACAAAAUGGAGCUGGAGAAGGGGCUACCUGCUGGGUGAUCUCAGGGAUGUCAUCACACUCUGUGCUCCCUACCAAGGCUUAGUGGAGCUGACCAAGAGCAGGGUCUGCGCCAGCAGAAAAGGCCCAGUGAAGGCACUGGAGGCUCAGGUAGAGACAACAUCUUGGAAUACUCACAGAGGGGCUCUGGGACCUAGUGGAGUAAUAAAUUCAAGCAUGGAGAUCCAGCGUGGCUGACAUGGGGGAUAUUCAUCUGGGCACAGGGCAGAUGAUCACUCUCCACGGGUGGCAAGGGGUACCUUGCUUCUUCCGAGUCCUAAGGAAACCCUGAGGGUGGGAGCUUUUUGCCCACAGGCUCCCCUGGGAUCUGACCCAGCCACACUCCCAGGAGAGAGGGAUCCUAGGAAGAAGGGGGCUGCGGCAAAGGAGAUGGGCAAGAAACCUGAGCUUCUAUCGGGCUCAGGUCCCAGUCAGCUGUGCAACCUUAGGGAAAGCACUUAACAUUUCUGAGUGGCUAUCCGGCUGUCUCCUGGUAUGAAGUGUAGAUGAGUGAUCCUCACCAAGCUUGCCUCAUAGGGAUGGGAGAUUCGAGUCACAGACUUUUAAAUCAUUAUUUCAUCCAGCAAAUGUUCCCUGAUGCCUUCUCUGUAUUGAUUCCUAAGAAAUUAGACCAGUCCUGAGCCCCAGCUGCUGACAGUCAAGAAGAUCAGGGGAGUCUUAACCCUCUGAUUGAUAAAUGAAGUUCAAAGGAUGGAGAGCGAAGACAUGAGGGCUCCCUGAAGGGGGCAAAACUCACAAGUCCUGAGGGACAGCAGACUGGACUGGAGAAACAGAAUCAAGAGAGCACCCCAGCUGGAAGAAACAGUCCAAGAGAAGAGACUUCCACCAGAUGCAUCAGAGAAUAAACACACAGCCUCAGACUCAAGUGGACACACAUUUAUUGAACACUUAAUGCAUACUGAACACUGGCAAAUCUAAGAUGGAGAGCGCUGUUCCUCCAAAGAACAGAGAUCCCUCAGCCCCAGUGGCUCGCAGAUUUGACUCCUUGGGGAACUUGGACAGAGAGAAAUUGGUUCCAGGAGAAUUUAGAAGGGAAACACCUAUACAAAGUGGGAAGAGGAGAGAAGGCUGAGUAGAGGCCACACAGAGAGACAAGCAGAAACUCAUUUUAUUAACAUCUACCACAAAUGUGCUAUGUUGGAGAAGGAAAGAACAUGGAACAGGGAAAAAUGACAAAGGAGCUUAUUAGUCCCAGAGAGGGGCAAUGCCUUAUCCAGGGUCUGGCAGCAUGGGUGCUAGGCCCCCAGACCCAGGUGAAAUGUUUUUUCUUGUUUUGAGGCACUUUCAAUUCACUUUAUCAUAACAGCCCUGAGAGAAACAGGAAGAACAGGAAUUCAAAGCCUAUCCACCUUACAGAAGAGGAAGGUGACAGCCCAAGAUUGACACAAGCCUGAGGUCACACCAGACCAACCACGGCAUCCAUUCCCAGCCUCAGCUUCCUGGGGUCAGGAUAAGACUUCCUUGUGGUGCAGAACCCUCUCAGAUGCACCCCACCAUCUUGGAGAGAGUCCUGGGCAAGGACCCUGGGGCCAGGUUUCUAGGCUAAACCCUGAAACUUUGACAGGGGCCUUGGGGCCCCUUUGGCCUAUUUCCCCAUUUGUGCAAUACAGAGGACAUUUGCCUUAUUCUCUGGCACCUGAUGAUUCUAAAUUCUCCCCACGCCUCAUUUCCCCAAAUGAGGUGUCAAGCACCCCCCCAGUCAAGGGUGCCUGUGGCCAUGCAACUCCUUUCCUGGGGAGCAGAAGAGGGGGUGGGCAUCAGCCAAUCUGAGGCCAGCCACCACAGGGCCUGGGGAAGGAGUUCCAGCCUUGGCAGUGGUCUGUGAUUUCUCCGGGCCUGGAAGCAGACAAGGAAACAGAUUGUUCUGUUCAUUCAGUCUGUCAUUUGCACUACACACUCUUCUGUGAUGAUAGUCCCUAUACUGGAAACACAAAAGUGAAGAUGACCCAGUGCCUCCUACCAAGGGAGAUGUCAGAACUGGGCAUGUUGCUGUGUGGGCCGGGGUUUAGGAGAGUGCUACAGCUGGGGACCCAGCCCCAAUGGCAUCUACUUGAGUACGUGUGCCCAUGUGAGAAAAGACACCACCAGCCUGUUACCUCCACAGACCAAGGGCAUGGUGCAGGGCAGGAGGAGUAGGGUCUGACUGUGCUAGCCAAUCUCUGGGUCCCUAUGUUUGGCAUGGCUUAUGCAUGGGCCUGUAAGCUUGCCCUCUGAGAAUGUACCCAGGAACUUGCAUGGGCUCAGAAGUGUGCAUAUUCAAAUAUGUAUGUCUUUAUCAAUUUAUGGACACAUGCCAGGACGCACUCAAACCUACAAUCCUAUGCGCACAUAUGAAUAAGUCUGCAUGGACUUGCAUGAAGCACAUCUGAGCUCUCAUACCUGGGGGAGUUAUGACAGGGGUAGGGAAAAGAGAGGGUUGGGAGGAGGGGAGAGCUGGGGGACCCCCACCAUCACCAGCCCUGCCCCUUAAUGUUGGUCUGUGCCCAAGACCCAGGCCACUGCAGGGUCUGCCUCUUCUCCUUAAGUGGUAUUGAUCCUUUUGUCGAUCUGUUAAAUAUAACCUCAGGAAAGGAGUCAACAUAAUCGUCCCCAAUUCAGGAGAAAGAGACUGAUUCUUGGGAGGAGGGGGGAGCCUCUAUCCCAAGCAGCUCUGCUGAUACCCGAAUGGCCUGCGGAUCAAGUGUCAGCCUCUCCAGCCUGAAUAAUUCAUGCCAAGAGCAGGAAUGCUUCCUUCUCAGGAGCCUGUCUCUUUAAAUCACGUUUGGAGCUUCCCAGUUCUGGGGAAAAAAAAAAUCCAGAACAAAACAAAUCUGUAAACAGCUCAGCCCCCACCUCAGCCCUGGCCCCUUCUAAGACCCCCCACUCCAUGCUGCAAAAUCUGCUCCUGUUCUCCCAACCUCUGGUGCCCCAAACCCCACUCACAGGCGGAGAAGCCUGGAGGGACUGGUUGAUGGUGUCCAACGGAAUCCCAGGAGUUUAAGACGUUUGGGGGCAGGGAAUGAGAGCAAAGAGCAGAAUCACUACACCCCCGUGUCUCUGUGCCUAGAGCAGUGCUUGGCAGAGGAGUCCAGCCCGGUGGAGGAAACCAGAUGGGGGAACUCCUGGCAGAGACAGAGGAGCCAGAGUUGGUGGGUGGGAGGGGAGCGGGUGCCACAGACUUCUCCUGAUGAUGGAAUGGGAUGGGAUGGUAUGGAGAAAAAGCUGGUCUCACAGGACCUACAGGGGUGGUGACACAGCCGGGUCUAACGGAACUAGGGUCGCAGAGGAGAAAGCAGAGACCGGGGAUUUUCCAGUCUCUCUACCUUAGGAAGAGGCUGGAAAAUAAGUAACUUUCUCAGCCCACCCCUCAGCCCUUCCUUCUGUAGUAGGAGCAGCUCUAAAGUCCUCCCCAACCCCCGAAUUCUCCCUGGUGGUAACCCACCUGCCCGCUCUCCGAAGGCGGGCCCCGCCCCACACGUGCUGGAGAGGGAGGAGGAAGGACCCAGCUUAAACGUGGGGGGUGGAGGAGGGGGAAACCAAGUCGGAGUCUCCAGGAGGCAAACUUCUCGGCAGCCCAGGGGGACGUGGGCCGAGAGGGUAAAGAGAAAGGGCAACAGCCGACAGCCCUGAUUCUCGGGAGCCUCCCACCCCGCCUCCCACGGCGAAGAGGGAGCGGAGACUCCGCUGGGGGCGGAGGAGGAGGCCGGGAGGCGGGGAGGGGGGAAGCAAACCCUGCCCACUCGGCUCCGAGCCCGGAGCGGCCGCGGAAGUCGGAGGCCGGCUCGCAGGGCGAGGGCACCGGGGGCGGGGGGCUCCGCUCCCCGUCUGACCCCUCUCGCCCCUGGCCAGUCAGCCAAUAACUACGGCUCCUCGGACUUUCGAGACAACGAACGGACCGACCGGGACUGCCAGCCGCUCCGGGUCAAGGACUCGCCCCACCCGUGCCCCCACCAGGCGCUCCCAACUCACUGGUGAGCGCGGCGGCCCGGGCGCUGGAUGCGGGGGCGGCCGCGAUGGCCCCGCGUGCUGGACAGCCGGGGCUCCAGGGGCUACUGCUCGUGGCGGCUGCGCUGAGCCAGCCCGCGGCACCCUGCCCCUUCCAGUGCUACUGCUUCGGCGGCCCCAAGCUGCUGCUACGCUGCGCGUCGGGCGCCGAGCUCCGCCAGCCUCCGCGGGACGUGCCGCCCGACGCGCGCAACCUCACCAUCGUGGGCGCCAACCUGACGGUGCUGCGCGCGGCCGCCUUCGCCGGCGGGGAUGCGGACGGGGACGGCGACCAGGCGGCGGGCGUGCGCCUGCCGCUCCUGAGCGCGCUGCGCCUCACGCACAACCACAUUGAGGUGGUGGAGGACGGCGCCUUCGACGGGUUGCCCAGCCUGGCGGCGCUCGACCUCAGCCACAACCCGCUGCGCGCCUUGGGCGGUGGCGCCUUCCGCGGGCUGCCCGCGCUGCGCUCGCUGCAGCUCAACCACGCGCUGGUACGGGGCGGCCCCGCGCUGCUGGCCGCGCUGGACGCUGCGCUGGCCCCGCUGGCCGAGCUUCGCCUGCUGGGCCUGGCGGGCAACGCGCUGAGCCGUCUGCCGCCAGCCGCACUGCGCCUGGCGCGCCUGGAGCAGCUGGACGUGAGCCUCAACCGGUUGUCCGGCCUGGGCCCCGACGAGCUGCGCGCGCUGGAGCGCGAUGGCGGCCUCCCCGGGCCGCGCCUGCUGCUCGCCGACAACCCCCUGCGCUGCGGCUGCGCCGCGCGCCCCCUACUGGCCUGGCUGCGCAACGCCACGGAGCGCGUGCCCGACGCGCGACGCCUGCGCUGCGCCACCCCGCGGGCGCUGCUGGACCGGCCGCUGCUGGACCUGGACGGGGCUCGGCUGCGCUGCGCGGAGAGCGGCGCCGACGCUCGCGGAGAGGAGGCGGAGGCCGCCGGCCCGGAGCUGGAAGCCUCCUACGUGUUUUUCGGGCUGGUGCUGGCGCUCAUCGGCCUCAUCUUCCUCAUGGUGCUCUACCUAAACCGCCGCGGCAUCCAGCGCUGGAUGCGCAACCUGCGCGAGGCGUGCCGGGACCAGAUGGAGGGCUACCACUACCGCUACGAGCAGGACGCCGACCCGCGCCGCGCGCCCGCGCCCGCCGCGCCCGCGGGCUCCCGCGCCACCUCCCCGGGCUCGGGGCUCUGAGCUGCCCCUGCCUGGCCCGAAACCGUGGAGAUGAGACGCCCGCGAGCCCCGAGCUCUGAGACCUUCCCCCGACUCGGAGGCACUAAGCCGUACCCUCUCGUUCCCGCCUCCGAGAGCUCCUACCGUCAAAGACCCAGAGAUAGCCGGUCCGAAUACAGAAACCCCGCCCGCCCACCCUAGUUUCUGAAACCUCCCUCCUGAACCACUAAAAGUCCGUUCCCCACCUCAGGGCUCACACAGAGACUCUGUUCUUAAAGGCCAAAGCUCUGAGACUUGCCCCCAACACCCUGUGCUUGGAGCUCCUACACCCGAGACUGCCUUGACCUCCCUCGCCAGCUCGGAGCCCGCAGUCCCCUCCGGGGCUCGUGGGCCCUCCCAUUCCAUUCUGGACUCGAAGCACAGCACCCCCAUCAGAAUGGUUUUGUGGAUUCUGAGCCCUUUGUCCCAUCCCAGAGCUCAGAGCCCUCCAUCCUGCAUGGAGGCCCAACCCUGGGGCUCUGAGGAUUGGGCACCCUCCCCUCAUCCAAGAAUAUAUUUCGUACCCCUGCCCCGCCGUCACCCACCCCCGCCUCUGGCUCAGGCCCUUCUCUUCCUCGGCUCAGGCGUGGGGCUCAGCUCCUAGUAUGUCCCUCCCAUCCCAGGGGCAAGCACAUCCCAUCUAGCCUUAGUGUGGAGCCGACUCUCAGCCUUUCCCACCAGGGCGCUGACCUCCCGAUACUCAGUGCUGGUCCCCAGUCUCAGACAGCUCUUCACCCCGAUCUAACUUUCAUCCCCCUGCCCAAGCCUUAGGCUCUUGACCUCCCCCCCCCAUACCCAGUGCUGGCACUCAGCAUCCACCCCUGCCAUUCACUAGUCAAGGUCCAGUGAGGAAUCGGUCCCUGGGAUGUCCUCAUCCCCUUUUCCUCCCAGGACGAGCUCUUCAGUCCUGCCAGAUAGGUGCAGGUGCCAUGCACCCCUGGUGCAUCCUGGCAGAUCCUUGUGGGGAAGGAGAGAGCCUUCAGUGUGUGAAAGGGAUAGUGGGGCAUCGUGGCUUCAGAGAGGGGCAGGAAGUGGGCUCUGGAGGGCUGGAAGCUGCUGCCCUUCGAUUUCUCCAUGCUCUCUCCCAUGCCUGUGGCUCUUCGCCCUUGGGGAUUCCUUGCCACCACCACUACCACCACCACCUCACCCCGUAUAUCUUCUGGAAGAGAAGUGGGUCUUGCCUCCUGCCUCAGGCACGAGCCCUCCUGGUUCAGGGUCAGAACCUCAGCACCUUGCCUUCUCCAUGAUCCCAAAGCACAAUUGGUGAGAGGGGGAGAGGAUGCCCUCUCCCUGACUCCCCACCCUCUAGAGCAGGCAGAAUGGCUGGCCUGUGCUGCGUCUGCACACAGGAAGUCACCUUCCUUUAAUAUAUUGGCUUGAGGCCUGCCUUCCCUCCCCAUACCCAGAAAAUGUGGAUCUCCCUUGAGCAGUUUUCUAUAAAGUCUGCAAUAAUCUCAGAUACUCUA